AUGAGUGGCCUGGGCUCUGGUAACAUUCAGCGAAAGAACUCCUUCCAACAUUUGGAGUCAAUUGAACCGCCCUCUCCUGUCAAAUUGGAAGAAGCGGUCACUUCAUCCUCAAUAGAGCCUACUUCUCGUGAUGCUGUCGACUGGCCACAAUGGAAGAAAAAUGCUAUGAUUCUAAUGGUCUCAUUUCAUUCCAUGAUUUCUGUGUUCAUGGCAGCAGGAAUUGUUCCAGCAGCUUCUUCAAUGGCAAAAUCGUAUGGUGUGUCCCUUGCUGACGCAAGCUAUCUGGUGUCUAUUCAAAUCGUGUUACUUGGAAUUGCGCCUAUUUUUUGGAUUGUUAUCACCCAAAGAUAUGGCCGCCAUUACGUCCUUAUAUUUUCUGUUCUUGCAAGUAUGGUGUGCAACAUCGGAGGCGCGCGGUGCGAAAGUUACGCUGGCCAGAUGAUCACUCGUGUUUUGACUGCAACCUUCAUCUCGCCACCGAUAGGAAUUGGCAGUGGAGUUGUGGCUGAAUUGUCUACUCCGGAUGAAUAUGCCCGGAAGGUGGGCUGGUGGGUUUUGAUGACCAUCCUCGGUACCCCAGCUGGUCCUUUGAUAAUGGGCUUCGUGGUGCAGCACACUCGGGUGGAAUUCAUAUUCUGGAUUUAUGCCAUUAUCAAUUUCUUGCAAGCGUUGGCUUACCUCUGUUUCGGCGGGGAGACCCUUCGUGUUUCGGGACUUGAGAAUGAUGUCGCCGGGGAAAAGAUCUCGAAUUUGCGGAUGUCCUUGAAACGGUUACUACCCAAAAGACUUGACCAGCGUUCGAUCAAAAUUUCGGACUUUGUCUCUCCAUUCCGCCUAGCCAAGAACCCUCGAAUCUUGGUAGCGGCUCUAGCCACUGCUAUCACAUUCUGCUAUGUAAAUAUCGUCUUUGUGGUCGAAAUGCCACUAACAUUCGGGGAGAAAUUCGGUCUCAAUGCUCAACAAACUGGUCUCCAGUUCAUUCCCAUAGUCAUUGGGUGCAUAAUUGGAGAGCAGAUUAGUGGUCCAAUGUCUGACUACUUCAUGAAGGUCUAUCGAAAGCGCAAAGGCCGUGUCUGUCCGGCCGACCGCCUCUGGCUGACCUAUAUCGGUUUCCUCACUAUUGUUGCUGGGCUUCUGGUCUGGGGAUUUCAACUUGAGCGAGCGGAAAGUUGGAAUAUCACUCCGUGCGUGGGAAUUGCUAUUGCCAGCUUUGGCAAUCAGAUUCAAUCUACCAUUCUCACUGCGUAUGCCAUUGAUACUUCGCCCGAUGACUCUGCCUCGAUCGGUGUGUUGUUUAACGUCAUUAGGCUACUUUAUGGCUUUAUCGGUCCUUUCUAUUUCCCAUACAUGUUCCGUGCUUUAGGUUUCAUUGGCACGGCCGGGGUAAUGAGUGGAAUCGUCGUCGUAGGCGGAAUCAUCCCAACAUUGAUUGUCCAGGUCACAACUCCGCGAGACUGA